GCGGUCAAGCGCGACGCGGCGCCUCGUAACCUGGCAGGCCGGCACGAUUGACGGUGCACGCGCCGAGUCCUCCGUUGCGUAACGGGCCGACGGAGCGGGAAGCGCACGAGAGAGAGAGAGAGAGAGAGAGAGAGAGAAGCGCCAAGCGAGGCCGACUUAUCUGUGAUUCACGCGAUAUCGAGUCAAGUGCUCCGCGCAUCGCGGUUGCGAUACGCAGGCGGCAAAACGGCGAUCGGACCGGGACGAUCCCGUUAGCCCGCGAGCGAAGUGCAAAGUGCUCGGGCAACGUGCGCGAACUUGGUUAAGCGUCGCGCGGGAUGCUGCACCACCCCCGAGGACUGGUCUAGCUUCCGCGAGUAUUCGCGCCCGAGGUACAAGGCGCACAAGUUGAAGAUACAAGACGACUGACCGCACGUCCCUGAAUCAUGUUGCAAAACGUGAACAAGGAAUUGGCCCCCAUAAAGUCACAUUAUUUCCUAUACAAUGCUGGGACGGGGCCGAUGGUACAAUUUCUGCCAACUAUUGGAAAGCAACUGGGCUUCUCCGCGACGGUGGUCGGCACGAUAUACACAGUAUUACCAAUUUCCGGCCUGAUCGCGAAGCCGCUGUUCGGCAGCCUGGCCGACAAGUUCAGCUUGCACAAAACCUUCUUCUUGCUAUUCGAGGCCCUGCUGGCGAUAGCGUUCUUCUCCAUUUACUUCAUCCCCGAGUUAGACAGCAGCGCAAACGUCACUCUCGUCUGCGACAAUGAUUUGCCGUACUUGGAGAUCUGUCCGAGGACGGAAUUCUCAAAGGACGUGCUAGGAAGCGUGGUGUACGAAUACCACGCCGACGCAGUCUGCCACUUGUCUUGCAAAGAAGUAUCUCGUGGCUUCUUAGCGCUGUCUGGCAAAAAUGUUUCCAUGAACAGCACGUUCGAGUUCGACGUGGGAUUCGACAUGUAUCAGGAUUUAGUUACGAAGGACUGCGUGGACGUGAGGCUGCGCACGUUUAUCUACGGUAUCUCGCACGUCCCGGUCUGCGGGGGCCAGCUGAGGACUUGGUGCACGGCGACUUGCGACAAUAACACGGCGUUCAAUCAUCUUCUGCGGGAGGCCAAGGACUCGCGGGGCGACAUGAAACAUUCCUCGUAUCAGUUCCACUUAUUUUUAUGGGCGGCCAUUAUCAGCUGGAUCGGAAUGGCUGUCGUAGUUAGCAUAGCCGAUGCCAUCUGCUUCGAUCUCCUCGGCCACGAAAGAAGGAAAGAUUACGGGAAGCAGAAGAUGUGGGGCAGCAUUGGCUUCGGUAUUUUUGGCAUAAGCGCGGGCUACCUGAUAGACCUCUCCAGCAAAGGGCAAUACGAAAAAGAUUAUACCUGUAUAUUUUACAUUAUGUUAGUGGCCAUGGUCGCCGACAUUGUGGUGUCCGCGACAUUGAAAAAGAAAAGUCCAGAAUGCUCCGCAGACGAGCCGUCGCUGUUUCGGGAGCUGUUGAGUGUUGCCAAAGAAGGAAGGGUAUUGGUGUUCGCCUGGUGGUGCAUAGGCGCCGGGAUGUGCACAGCAGUCAUUUGGAACUUCCUGUUCUGGUACAGCGAGGAACUCGCGGUUAGCUCUCACGUCACGUGGAGCAAAACCCUGCAAGGUCUGAUGACCGGCGUCCAAUGUUUCCUCGGAGAAUUGCCCUUCAACUUCGUAUCGGGCACUGUACUGAAGAAGCUCGGCCACGUUAACGUUAUGAGCCUCGUGUUGCUAGUCUACGCAAUUAGAUUUAUGGCAUACAGCAUUGUAUCGAAUGCCUGGCUGUUUUUAAUUCUCGAGUUGCUUCACGGACCUUCGUUCGGUCUAUGUUGGCCGACGAUGGUGUCCUACGGCGAUAAAGUGACACCGUCCGGCACGAAAGCCACCAUGCAAGGAUUUAUCGGUGCUGUUUUCGAGGGAAUUGGCGUGGCAAGUGGUAGCUUCAUAUGCGGCUGGUUAAUAGAUUCUUACGGAGGUGUUGUAGCAAUGAGAACUUUCUCAGUGGGUGCUCUCUUGUGGCUAAGCGUCUUUUGGUUAACGGAACUCUUACUGAGGAAGAUGAAAGCCUAUCCACUGUACCGAGGCCAUAAUCAUCUAGCGAAUUAUGCCAAUCCAGAUGACGCUAUUCUUAUGACGAUAAGUCAAGAAUUACAAACUUAUUAGAAGAACAAAUUUAUACGAUAAUUUUAUAAUUUAUUAAUACAAUCUUUAUUGAUGAACGAGUGAAAGUCCCAUCGCACGAUUAAAAUUAAAAAGUUACUUUUUCACCACGUUUGUACAGCUGUUAUUUCUUAUCGUGAUAUUUUUUUUAUAUAACAUUCAAACGAAAUGCAGUAUUAUAUGUCAUGUGUGUAUAAAAAUGUAAAUUAUAUUACAUUAUCAUUGUAAUAUAUACUUUUCUAGAACUA